UGAGAGUCAGGUCUCAAAAGAAAGGAGGAAGACAAAUUUAUGGUACAGUUUUUUGUUUUGUUCUCAUUUGUUUGUUUUUAAAUAUGAUGUCUGAAUGAAGCCAAACAAAAAGCAGGUACUACACAGUUUUUUAGAAGUAAUCAUUCCCUCACAAAUUUUGAGAAAAGCUGAAGAAAAUCAUAAUCAUUCUAAAAAUUCAUUUCUAAUGGGUCAAAGGAGGAAUGCAUUUUUCAUCCUAAAAUCUGCUGUCAUUUCAUAUUCUAUUUUCUUUGAGACAAUUUAUCGGGCACAUAUUUAGAUGCCAGCUCCCGCAAUGGGGAUCAGAAAUAAUCAUCAUCCCUGCAGUGGUGCAGAUAGCCACGUUAUUAUAAAUACAGUCAACCCUCUGUUUCCAAGGGCUUCUCAUACACAAAUUCCACCAACCAAAAUUGAAAAUAUUAAAAGGUAGACAACAUAAAUUUUAAAAUGCAGCACAACAACUAUGUGUAUAGCAUUUGCAUUGUGUUAGGUAUUAUAUGUAAUCUAGAUAUGAUUUAAAGUAUAUGGGAGGAUGUGCAUAGGUUAUAUGCAAAUGCUACAUACUACUACUGUUUUACAUAAUGUACUCAAGCAUGUUUGGAUUUUGGUUUAUGGUGGAAGUCCUAGAACCAAUACCCACAGAUACUGAGGGAUGACUAUAUAUAUGUGUCACUUCCACCCGAGAGCUGCUGUUGAAUAAAGGGAAAAAUUCUAGGCUAGCUUAUAAAAGGAAACUAGUGAGGCUGUGUUCCCUUGAGGAAGUAGUAUUUGACUACAGAUAUGAGGUAAGCUAUGGGAUAAAAAGGCCUGGAAAGCAGAACAGGGGUAUAUGGAUUGGGAUAAAAAUUAAUUGCUAAAAAUGGUGACAGUUAUUAAGCCAGUGUAUAUGAUGGGCCUUAAUAUAGUAUUCUACCUUGGAAUCUUAAAGAAAUCCUCUUCUGUAGCAUCUUAAUACAGUAGUUUGCCUAGGUAUUACGCUUUGUCCAACCUGAGAUAUUUUCAGAAAUAAUGCUCUAAGAUUUCAGAUGUGUCUCUCUAAUACUUUGCUUCAUAAAACCUGAAUCAGAGUAAUAGACAAAAGGUACUAAAAUAAGAUUUAAAUGAAUAUUUCUGUAAAUCUGUAAUAGAGAAGAACUUUCUAAAGAGGGACUCCAAAUCCAGAAAUCAUACGUUGGAAUUUGACUACUUCAAACACUUCUAUAAUAAAAGUUUAUCAGUUUAAAUAGAAAACUAUAAAAUGGUAAAAAUCAUUUACAAUAUAUAUGACAGUGAAAACAUUUUUUAUGAAGAAAUCUGUUAAUGUAAGUCAGCAGCUGCCCAAUAUAAAGAUUGGAAAAGAUUUGAACUGGGAUUUCAUAAGAGAAUGCAUAAAUGACCAGUAAACAGAUGAGUUGAUGUUUCAUGUCACUGGUAGUCAAAGAAACAGUGCCUGUUUUUUUGUUUGUUUGUUUGUUUGUUUUUUGUUUUGUUUUGUUUUUUGCUUUCAGGGUUGUUUUUUUUUGCCAUUAAAAAGAUGGCCAUAUUGAAGAAAAUGUAAUAACUACACAUGUACAUGCACUGAUGAAGCCUUUGUGAAUUUAUACUUUCUGUAUGCAUAAACAUUUAUAAUGUGAUUACCCUAUGACCCAGAAAUUUUACUUCUAGGAAUAUAUGCCAAAAAUGUAAUUAUGAGUAUGCGUAAAGAUUUAGCUACAAUUAUGCUCAUCAUUACUAUAAUUAAAAGUUGUGAAGCAAUCAAAAUGUGUAAUAGAGAGAUAGUUACAUAAAUGUAGCACAUUGAUAGAAGGAACACUAAGUGGCCAUUAAAAACAAAGUCCUUUUGAAUUCUUUGCUAUGGAAGUUUGUCCCUGAAAUAUUGUUAAAUAAGGAAGUAGAUUACAAAAUAGCAUUUAUGUCAAGGAUAUAUAGUAACAUGUUAAACACUUACUUGUGUGUUAGAUACUUUGCUAAAUGCUUUAUGUUGAUUGUCUCAUUUAGUUAUAACAUUCCUCUGAGUAAAUAUUAUUAGUCCUAUUUUAUAGAUACCAAGCACUGCCAGCAGCAAAAAAGUAUAAGAUGCAGAAUUGAUAAGGUAGGUGUGGAUACAAAACUUCAGGAAGCGGUAAUCUGUGUUUAAGAUAGUUACAUGAUCAGGUGGUAAGUUACAAAGUUCAGAUAAAAAUACAGAGAUAGGCCUGGGUCAUGGAGUGGGGUUGUAUAUAAGAUGGGUAAUGUUGAAUAAUAUUCAUGUUUCAAAAAGAAGAUACAUGGAGAAAAUAAGUAUUGAGUUGACACGGAACACUGGAUAGGCAGUGACUGGAAGUAGAACACAUUCUGCAGGCAAAAUAGCCUGAGCAAGCAGCAGAUGCAAGAAUGAGCAGCUUGGAAAUGUGCAGUUCGGAAAGGUGUUGGCUGGUUUUCCUGAAGACAUAGGAAUUAAAGUAAGGUGAGACCAGAUAAUGGAGAGCUUCCACUGUGAAGUGUUUAUGUAGAUGUGUAAAUGUAUCUAGAUACAUUUAUUUAGAUACAUAUAAGAAAGUAUUUGAAGGCCUUCUACAAGGCUUAGUUAUACUGGUUUACUACAAGUUCUUCUUCAGUUUCUAUUAGAAAUGUUAAGGAGGCUCCUGUGAUCAACUCUGUGCCUAACAGAUUUGGAAGCUCCUACUACAUAUUGUGGGUUUUAUUUUCACUUUUUAAACUGUAUUUUUAUAGUGCACUUAACAGCAUUCCAUGGAUUUUUACAUGAAAACUGAUGAGCUUAAUUAGUGUGAGCAGGCCUCUGCAUGUUUCUGAACAGAGUUCUUAAUUAAGAAACUCAGCCUUGGGUGGGGCUUUGGCCAUCGUGUAGUCUGUCUUCCCACCCCAGUGAAGGAAUUUCUCCUAUAAUAAUUCCCAAAGGAGAUUAUUCCUAAUUAUUUACCUAAAAUAAUGAAUAGAGGAAGAUGAAGACCUAAUUAGUUGCUUACCCCAACAUUUAGAGUAGCCUAUUUCAUCUUUGAAAUACAUAUUUAUAACUGAAUGAAAAUUGAGAAGCAUGCUUUUUUUUUCAGAUUUGUACUUGUUAGAAAAGAAUCACUCAUAACACUAAAUCAUCAUUUAAUUUAAUCUUCGAGGUAACUUUGUCUUUUAAUCUUCUAUGUAACAUUGAAUAUCUAUCAUGAUAUUAACUAGUUUCGUCAUUUGAGUUGUUUUGUAAUGUACUCCUUAUAGAUGGAAGAAGGUUAUAUCUGACUCAGCAGGCGAUGUGUUAAGGAUACAUUCAAAAAUUCUGGUUUGGUAAAAGAUUACAUCUCUUUAAUAGUAAUGGUUUAAAUCACAUCUUUUUAAAUUUGAAGUAGUACUUUACCUAAGACCUAAGUUAUUACCAGCGACAUAUACCUCCUCUAAAUAAAAAAGACAUAAUGAUAAUUUCUCAUAAACCUAGAAUUAAGAUUUAUCUAGUUCUAUGUACCUGGGAUUGCCCCCUUGUCAAACUGAUUUUAUCUACUUAACUCAACAUAUAGUAUAUUGUUGGUAGAACUGGUAAUUCAGAACAAAGCAGAAGAUACAAACAAAGUUUGUUAAGUGUAAAUCUAAUUAACGAAGCCAUCCAAACACAAGAAAUUGUAGGAAUGAAUUUUAAAUCACAUGUGAAGUCAGUAGUAUUGUUAGAGGAGACUUAGUCAAGGAAGACAUUUUGGAGAAUUUCCAAAGAGCAAAAAUAUGGGCUUUGGUGGUCCAAGGAAGGUUUCCAUCUAGAAGAAAUGGCAAGUGGCUGAGUCUCUGAAUCCACUGAGUCUUGGACUGUUUAUAUAAUCUUUGUAGUUCUAGAUAUAGCAUAAUGCCUCGUGCAUAGUGGCAUUCAAAAAAUAUAUAGUGCCUUGAAGAUAUUGUAAAGAGUAGGAAGUAGACUUCAAUAAUCUUCAGUAUAGUGCAGCCAUUCAAAAUUCAGUUUAGGAUUAGAGUGAUUAUAGCUUGGGUCCGAGUUUAACCACUUGCUUCUAUCUCUGAUAUUAGUCAAGAUCUUUAUCUUCUAAGUUACAGUUUCCUCAUGGCAAGGUGGUACAUCAAGAGUCAAAAUUUGUGAUUAAAAUGAGACAAAUCUUGUGAAGCAUUUAGCAUGAUGCUAUCUUAAAUGUCACCCUGAAAUGAAAUAGGAACAUGGCAGAAUGCUACUUUUGUGGCUUGUAUUAACAUAUAAAUGCAUCUUUAAUUGCUUGCUAUAGGCUUCUAAGAACUGAUACUAAUUGGCUUAAAUAUUAUCUGUGCCAUAUAAUUAUUUUCUCUUGGAUGGGGGCCAAAAUGGGAGACAGUGUGGGAGGAAAGGGCAGAAAGGUUUUGUUCUGAAACAGUAGAGGUGUUCAAACAUCUUCAUCUAGGUAUUUGGAAAUAUAAUUAAGACCCAUCUUAAGGUAGGGUUAAAUGCCCUCUUUUCUAAUGAAAGAAAUUGGUAUUGAACGGGACUGUACAUUGGCAGGAAUAGACGCACAGUCUGAAUCAUGGAUAGAGAAAGAGAGGCAAUAGCUUGUAACAUGGGGCACUGUCUGCUCCUGCCCUGCCCUUCCUUCACAGCUUCUUUACUGGCUGUUCCUUUGCUUUGUCUCAAAGAGGUAGUCCCUGUGUCCUCAAUGGACUCUAUUUCUGGUAAUCUUCUCAUUUGUUUUCUUCUAGUGAGCCCUCUACCACACUGGCAAAAACAAAAUACACUCCCACCCCAUUCCUAUCCAUGACUUUUAUUUUACCCUGGAUGUUCAAAUCUCUAAGGACAUUUUGACUUCUAUGUUUGGCCAUCAGUGUUCUGAGAUAAUUCAAAAUAAAUAGUCACUUAAAACAUAUUUUAAUGAGCUAUAAAAUGAUCUACUGUGGAGUUUUGUGGAGGAAAUUCACACAUACUUAUAAGAAAAUACAGACCUUUAAAAGAUUUAGAGCCGUCUGUGGGGUGAAUCAGGCUCUGCCUGUGACAGCAACUCUCCUUCCUUUUCAUACUUCUUCACUUCAGCUGCCUUGUGCCUGGCCCUGGGUAUACACUUAACUAUAGCCCAGAGGUAAGAUUUGAUAAGCAGUAUUCUUAGGAGAUUAAGUUAUGAAACUUAACUCAUAGGGAACCAAACAUUUGAUUUAGGAAUGGAAUUAACUGCCUAGGAGGUCGUUAGAUGUUGUUUAUGGAAAGCAAGGUCCUUUCUAGGGGCCAGACUUCUCCUGAUCAUUAGAAUGAGACUUGCUGAGAAAUGCCUGGGAACAAACUCUAAGAGUGAUGCUAGGUACCCUGGAUGCCUAAACCCAUUAAUAGGGUCCCUAAAUACUUACCUUAGAAAUCACUGGUGACUUGUACACUACAGAGAACAGUAAAGAUUUAUGUGAUCCAGUGUGUGCUACCAAAUUAUUCCUGGUGUAGUUAAGUCUGACUUAAAUAGAAAUGUGAUCAGAUUUUAUGCCUGUAUCAAUUUUAUAAUCUUAAAGAAAAAUUUUAACUUAGUUGAAAACAUUUUAUGAGAAACCUUGAAAACUAAGUAGUUGACCAAUCAUGGUGAAAUUUUCUUGACAUAUAGUUGAACAAUUCUUGCAUUUCAACAACAGAUAAAAAAACAACUGUUGAAAAGCAAAUCUAGAACAUUUAUAUGAAGAAAUAGAAAUAAAAGUUGCUGGUUUUAUAUGAUAAGUUUUUCACCUUUCUUUUUAAAGACUGGUAUUUGGGAAGGGUAGGCAAUGUAGGAUCAGGAUUUGGUUAAAUCCACUGUUUAUUACUGAUCAGAUAUCCUCCAUGUAAUCUUUUGUGCAAGUUAUAGUUUUGACUUGAGAUUCACUUUCCUCAUUUGUAAAAUGCAGUUACCAGAAUUACCUACUUGGUAGUGUGGCACUAAGAAUUGUGUAAAAGAGAACUAUGUAAAACAUCUGACAGGGCAUCUGGAAGUUAGUACUCAAUAAUAAAUAUUAACUAUUAAUAGUGAUAACUGUAAACCUUUUUAUAUCACAUAUUUUUACUGCUAUUUCUCUAGAGAUUUUUUUAUUGGUCAUAUAGUAUAUUCCCCUUUUAAAAAACUUGAAAAUUCUUUCUCCUUUUAUUAAUUUAAACUUAUAAAAUGAUGUGAUUCCCUUAUCUUCCUUCUCUUACACAUUGUAACUCUACGGCACCUAGAAGCAUUGUAAAAUCUUACUAACAUAAACAUUUUAAUACUCAAAGAAGCAUUUUUCCACAAAACGGCCAUGUUUCUUGUAUUUAUCAUAGUAAGAGAAAUUCUAGAUAUGUAUGACCUCACUAGUCUUCAUAGUCUUUCAAUAAAUAUUGCCAUUUGGAAUCUAUUUUAAUGUUUAAAAACAUUAGGAAUAUAAAAUAUGUGUAUAUAUUAUAGCUAUAAGUACUUAGAAAAACAUGAAAUUGUGACAGUAAUAUAAAUUAAGAUAAUAUUUCUAGUGAAACCACAUUUACUUGACAGAAGUUUUUGUAUAUUUCACUAAUUCUUCUGCAUAUGCAGGUCAUUUUAACUUAAUAUUGCAAAAUAAGGUCUUUUUUUUUCAUUUUUCUUAAAUGCUGUUUAUAAUAGCAGCAUGCUAGUCCAUUACAGUUUUCAACCAUAAUUAAAUCAGCUAUUUCCUUAUAAUAAAUUAUUUCCAGUUUUUAGGUUAUAAAUGGUGUUUCCAUUAGCUUUUUAUACUUACAGUUUUUCCUUUUUUGUUGUUGUAGGAUUAAUCUAGGAAUGUUUUCUCUGGGUCAGACUGUCAAAGUGUAUUUGACUCUUGAAACUAAAGUGCCUUUCAAAAGAGUUCUGAUGGUUGGUAGUGCCAAAGGCAACAUAUGAAUAAGGUCCUUCUUGCCAUUUUCUAGCAAUGGAUAUAAUGGUUAUUAAACUGGUCAAUUCAAUCAAUGUUAAGUGAUCUCAUUUUUUUUUCUUCUUUCUUUACAUGGGACAGAAAUAAUUGUUGACAUACCGUUUUGGAUUAAAGUGGUUAGUCAUGUCUUGAAAUAAUUUGGAAUUGGUAGUACAGUUAUAAUAAAGCACAUGUCAUUGCAACUAAAUUAAAAAGACUCUUUAAUGUAACUUGUUGACUUUUUAUAUGAAGAAUUUGUAUGCUCACAGUAGAAACUAUUAUGGGGAAAAUUUACAGUUUUUGAAGUAAAAAGAAAAAAGAAGCGAACAAACUUUAAAAUAUAUUUCCAGCUUGUAGAUUCAAAUGGUGAUUUCUUAAUGUGCCAUGUAUUUUAAGCUCUUAACUAUCUGAAGCCCAAGUAACUACAUGUAGAAUUAGAAACCACUGUUUUGGUUUUAAGGGUAUUUAAAAAUAGUCUUAGGGAAAUCUUUAUCUUCAGUUUUGCUGUUAAAGCCGAAUUGAGUUUUACUGUUAAAGCUAACUGUACUCUGUCUUUCUCCUUCGCUUGCUUUUACCUCAUUUAUAGAACAGACCUAGUAUUUUAAAAAGUUAUAUAUGCCACUCCUACCCUCCCUUCUCCCCCCGCCCCCAGGACAAAAUGUAGGCAUGUUGAAUGAACAGUCAUAGCGAAGUGGGGGGAUUUCCUUGAGCUGUAGAAUUAGAUGAAAAAAAGGGAGAGAGGGGAAGUGUGAGAACUACAGAGAAAAGAAGACAAAUUACAGAAGAAGACAAGGAGAUAUGAAAGAAGUAGAUUUACAUUUUGAGUUCUCAUUGCCUUCGUAUUUUUUCACAAAUUCUCUGGCAAGCUAUAAGGCUAUUUUUUUAAGGUUUAUUGAUAAACAGUUGAUUUGUAUUUUAGGUCAAACUAAUUCUGCAUCUCUGUCCUAUUGUCCUUUUCUAUUCUCUUCUUUAUUGUAUUUUAUUUUUUAACAGAAACACUGUCUAACUUGCUGGCUCUUUCUGCUCUGCUGUUGCUCCAGCCCUGCAGCUUCCCUACCGUGUGAAUUUGCACUUCAGUGGCACCAUUUCCUGUUAGAAACCAAAGGCAGGCCCCUGACUUUUCUAGGUGGUGAUUCACACCGGAAGGACCUCAAAACCUGUAUCAGGGCACCUGACUUAACUGUGGGACUAGCUGAUCGACUUGAUGCACAAAUGGGACCCUGGACUCUUUUUCAUACCUUUUGGUCUCCUGUGGGUCUGAGGUAGAGUGGUCAGAAAAUUGAAAGAUUGAUGAUCAAUGUGACUCUAAGAACAAAUGGAUGAAUGAAUAUCCAUAUGAAGAGAAAAACAAUAAAGUCUCCAAACGUCCACAACUAUCCCAAUAUGGAAGCCGUUCCCCUGUUGCUAAAUAAUGUGAAAGGGGAGCCCCCGGAGGACUCGUUAUCAGUAGAUCACUUCCAAACACAAACUGAGCCAGUGGACUUGUCAAUAAACAAAGCCAGGACGUCCCCUACUGCCGUUUCAUCCUCCCCAGUUUCCAUGACAGCGUCUGCCUCCUCACCUUCUUCAACUUCAACCUCCUCAUCGUCUUCUAGUCGUCUAGCCUCAUCCCCAACCGUUAUCACAUCAGUAUCUUCAGCGUCAUCUUCGUCAACAGUAUUAACUCCAGGUCCCCUUGUUGCCUCUGCAUCUGGUGUUGGAGGCCAGCAGUUUUUGCACAUUAUCCAUCCUGUACCGCCUUCAAGUCCCAUGAAUUUACAGUCUAACAAACUGAGUCAUGUUCACCGCAUCCCCGUGGUGGUACAGUCGGUGCCUGUUGUCUACACAGCUGUAAGGUCACCUGGAAAUGUGAACAACACUAUUGUCGUGCCGCUUUUGGAGGAUGGGAGAGGCCAUGGCAAAGCACAAAUGGACCCCCGAGGCCUAUCUCCCAGACAAAGUAAAAGUGACAGUGAUGAUGAUGACCUGCCAAAUGUGACCUUAGAUAGCGUUAAUGAAACUGGAUCUACGGCCCUUUCCAUAGCCAGAGCAGUACAAGAGGUACAUCCGUCCCCAGUAUCAAGGGUCCGGGGAAAUCGAAUGAAUAAUCAAAAGUUUGCUUGUUCAAUUUCACCAUUUAGUAUUGAGAGCACAAGACGCCAGAGACGGUCUGAAUCCCCAGACUCCAGAAAACGGCGUAUCCACAGAUGUGAUUUUGAGGGAUGCAACAAAGUGUACACAAAAAGUUCUCACCUGAAGGCUCACCGGAGGACACAUACAGGAGAGAAACCCUACAAGUGUACCUGGGAGGGCUGCACCUGGAAGUUCGCCCGUUCGGAUGAACUGACGAGGCAUUACCGCAAACACACGGGAGUGAAGCCAUUCAAGUGCGCGGACUGUGAUCGCAGCUUUUCCCGGUCAGAUCAUCUGGCUCUGCACCGCCGGAGGCAUAUGCUGGUGUGAGGAAUGCUACCUGUCCAGCUGAGCGUAAGAGCUGGAUCUCUUAGCGGCACCCAAUUCAGCAGGGCUGAACCCCCUUCACAGUGUUAACACAAAAGGGCAUCACCAUCCCACGAUGUCUGAAACCAGAGCAGGAAAAAGAAGGCACACUUCUUUUGGUCUGAAGGUAACCCCCAUCAUGACUUCACGAGAACCGUCUUUACGUGGGCCUGGGAGCUCAGUGACGCAAAUGCUGAAGAGACAGACAUUGUUUUCCAUGCUGUGUCCUCUGCCAUUUAAAGAUGUUUGUAGCUUGUACAUUUUCUGAGCUGUCAGACAUUUUGUUAUUGAUACCUUAAAGGUCACCUACCACAAAUUGAUGGCUAGAGCAAGACCUUUUAAAUUUGGAUGAAUCUCCCAUCAUCCCACCCCUUAACCCCUUUUUACAGAAAUUUAAGUUACAAUCUGAGUAAGCUAGAACACACAUCCAAUCUGUUACCAGCAAGCAGCAUGAAAGUAGAAAUGAAGAAGCAGAUGGAGAGGUCCCAUUACCUGCAAAGAAAGGGCACUCAGGCAGCCCUUUGCAAUCGCGAUGGCGGCCACUAGAUACCACUCGCAACUUGUCAUUCUGCCAUGCCCUGAAGAAAACCAACAUUGAAUCUUUCAUUUGUUUGUCGUUGAUUGUUUUUGUUUUGUUUUGAUUCUGUUUUGUUCAUCUGUUCGAGCAGAGGGGCAGUUGAAGUCUCGUCCUGGUCUCUGCCCUGGCAUGGACUGGCACAGAGGUGUUCUGUAGUUGAAUAGGAAGAGCCUGUCUAAAAAAACUACUGCCCCACUUCAAAUUGCAGUGUUCUGUCACCUAGGCAUCAUCUCUUCCUGCCCCUAGUAUUUGAUUACAAGGAACCAGGGGAAAAAAACUUUCUUAGACACACUGGCACCAAGGUAAGAGGUGGGGCUGCCCAGGCAAAGUCAGUGAACAUGAAAAAUCAGACAAAGCAGAGAUGGAAAUAAUGCGCCUCUUGAGGAGAAAAGCAAUAAUGAAUAAAAGGACUUUCCUACAAUAACUUCACUGAGGACUCACGUUACCAAUUUUCAUACUUACUAAAGGGAUUGUAAAAAACACCCUAGCAUUUUAGGUGUCUUGGUUCCAUUUACAGCACUGAGGUAAUCUUUCUGCUGUUUGUUGUCCUGCUUGGUUGAGUACCACAAUUAAAGAUUAUGCUCCCCUUUUCUUGUUUGAAAACAGUUAUUUGGUGACUAGAAAGGCAAGGGAGGCAUAGCUGGGAAUUAACUCUUUGGUUAAUGGGUCAGUUCUCCUUGGAACUGAAUCAGUGGAAAGAGAAUGCUUCCCAUAGAAAGCCUGACAUGGUGCUAGCUUCCUCUCUUGGAGAGCCAAGGAUAAGUGACUCUCCAAUAGGUUCUUCUGUACAGAUUUCAUUUUCUAAACUGUAUCAGGACCCACGGUCCUGCACUGGCAUCUGCAGGGAUAUUGAACCCACUCAUCCUGUGCGGAGGAUGAGAGGAAGGUGUUAGUUCCAUCAACCCCCUAAAAUUAUGAACCUUUUUGCAACUAGCAAAGUAUACAGUAAACAAGCAAUACAUCACCAACAAGCAUUCUUUCAGAAAAAUUACCAUAUUUUUGUGCCCACUACAAGCUGGGUUUUUUCCAGCUUUCUGUGGCUGAGGGGCUUGGUGAGAUUUUUUUGUUGUUGUUAUUGUUGUUGUUGUUGUUGUUAGAAUUUUUUAUAGCUUAGAUAUAAAAGGUCUCCACCAAAGACCUUUGCAAUAUAUUUUAAUUACAAACACUUGAUUUGGGGGAUUGCACAUAUUAACCUCACAAUAUUACUAGCUCAUUUUUAAAUGUCUGGACAUUCUGAAGUAAUUUCCGGUUGCAGAAUUAUCCUUUUUAGGAUCAUCUUCUAAUUCAGAUAAUCUUGUUCUGAUGAAGCGAGAACGAUGAACAUUGAAACAAGGACAAUUUGUGUUGGAUGGUAUUCAAAGGCAUUUUUUAAAACGUUAAGCAACAGUAUAAUGAUUUUCAGGUCAAAUUAUGGCUUCAAAAAUAUGUGCUCUAUAUUGUCUGCCAGAGCUCAAAAAUUUAUCAGGCAAUUUCCCUCCAACAAGGGCUGCAGUUCUAGUGAUAAAUAGCAUCUUCAGCUACACAGUCUACAACUCACCAGCCAGUAGGGUUUUUACCACCUGGAAAGCUUUUUUUUUUUUAUCUGUGCUGUAUGCAACUCCUACUUCACAUUACCUGUGACCAUUUGGAAUUUAAAAAAAGGUCUCUUGUUGCAUGCCAGCGUUGGUUACUAGUCAGUGGCAGAGAACACAGACAGGGACACACACAGCCAUGAGCCCCCUGGUGCUAGACCAGCACCUCGUUGGCAAGUAGUCGGGGUGCAUCCCUCAAGUGAAGUGUAGAUUUGAAUUUAGUCUUGCUUGCUCUCAUAAAAAGAGCCAGUUCUUUUCUCUGCUGAAAGAUGUCUUAAGAGUAUUACAGGUAGACUUGGUUUUUAGAAUUCAUAAAACUGACAGGCAGAGGAAGCUUCCUGAGUGACAGCUUGGUUUAAAUUUAGCACAGAACUAAAUGAGUUGCACUUUUCUAAUAACAUAGGAUGGAUUUGGGGAAGGGAGCAUUUUUCCUCAUCCUCUGAAAAUGGAAACCAGACUGAGAUGGUAAGUUAACUGAUAAAACCUGUCAGCAUUCCAUCAUUUUCCCCUUUUGACAUAUCAGUACUUCUAAGAAGGGAUCUAAGCACAAGUAAGUGAGUGAGUCCCUGGCCUAGCCUCAGGAACUGAAACUUCCUUGGGGCUUGUCUUAGGACAUGGCAAAUUCUCCUUGGUGAGUUUUCUACAAGUAUUUCCCCAUGGAAAGGAAAAAGUGGUUUGGGACAGAAAGAAAUGGAAUGUCUUCAGUCAUGAAAAAGCCUCCAUUUCAUCUCAUGUCCAUUACUAGCCUCUUUCAAAAAGCACAGUGCAUCAUGAGCAACAGAAAAGCAGUAGAAUCCUAAAGAACUUCUCAGUUGUUCCCUAACUAGAGGCAUUCUUUGAUUUUAAAUUUUAAGCUGUUCAAUUUGCAGCUGGGGAUAUGUGCAUGGUUGAGAAUGUGUACACAUAGAGCGGUUAACCCCUUAAGCAGCUGCAGUAGACCUGAUUUUCUGUUUGCAGUAUAGAGAUUGAUUUCAGGGGAUUUACAUUAUUUGAAAAGUUAUGAUGGUCAGCCUUUAAGGUUUUAAGAAUCUCUUUUCAUGCUCUGAUCUUAAGUUGUUUGGAAAAAGAUUCACACUUCUGCAUCCACCUCUGCCCUCAUCCUGUCAGUUGUGUGUGGACUCUGAGAAGCCUGCUUGAUAACUUGCCUUAAGUUCUAUUAAGGCAGUUAGACUGAGAUUUCUAAUGACUUUCCCAUGAAGGUUAUACUUCUGCCUGGCAUCAUUUCUACAAAACACUAUAGGACACUGGUUUUCAAAAGCAGUUGAGUAACAGCAACAUACACAACAUUAAAAAAAAAAUGAGCACUUUUCAUUCACUUGAAAGCUUAAAUGGGAAAUAGGAAGAUGAUUGUCAGGGGAAAAACUUACAAAAUGCUACAGUGUUUACAAAUGCCAGUUCCAGGUGAUUAGAAAGGCCAUUUUCAUUAUGGUUGGAAUUUUGAAUAGCUUAUGUAAAGAUUGUGUUCAUUUUUAUACAAUUCUUUUUGACUUUAAAUUGCCAUUUGUGUUUUAAACAUAAUUCUGCACUUUGAAAUCAGUUCAUUAGAAUGAUAACAUUUAUAUGGAUAAAGAUGCAGUAUUCCUUAUUCUGUACUUUAUUUAUUAUACUUACCAAAGCUGCAACUGAAUAAAGCUGGUGAGGUGAGGCCUUCAAAUGUAUUAAUACGCCUUUGUUAUGUUGUUAUGACUGCUUAGAAAUGUAGCCAUGAUAUUGUUCUAAAGGUGUCUUGACAUUUAUAGUGAGGAUCGACAGAAAUGAAGCAGUAUUAAGAAUACCAGCAUCCAUGUUACAGUCUGCGUAUAAGACUGAAUGUGAGAUAACUCUUCCGAAUCAGAAUAGGCCCAGAAAGCCUUAAUAUUCAUAGUUCAUAAGCCAGUCUCAGAUUUCGCUCUUCAGUGAUGCCUGUCGACUUAGCAGGUAAAUGUAUUCUAGAAUAAAACAUCAUUAACCAAAUCUCUUCCUUUAGUUUUUCUGAGAUAGUGCAUCCCAUAAAAAAGUCUCUUCAAUUUGAUUUGGCUUUAGUUUAGAAAAGGGGUUUGGUAAGUCACGUCUUCCAUAUGACAUUUCUACUCAUUCCCACACUGCCUUCCACUGAACCUGUACAGACAGCCCCCACACAUGCACAUGUGUAUACACAACUGUAUAUGCAGCAGCCAGUGGGCUAACAAAUAUCAACAAAGAACUUUUUUAAGAAUUUGUAAUAAUCCAUGCUGUCUAGAAAUGUGAGUUACAUACCUUAUUAGGAAAUCGGCUUAUAGUACUAUAUAUGACUCUGCCUGCAUUUUAUAGUUAAUAAAUGUACAUAAAAAUUACUAUAUUUUCACAGUUUCAUUAUAGAAUAAUGUCUGUUUAGUAAUCCAUGUCCAUUGGUACUUUAAAUAUGCUAAUUACUGAGCAAUUGCAAUAGAAAUCCAGAUUUUCUUAAGAAAAUGAAAUAGAAGGAUACUGCAUCUUUAAAAAUAGAGUGAAGAUAUUUUACUGUAUUCGUAACAUAUGUGAUAGUGGAAAAAGUAUUUUCAAACUCACAGAUUUUACAGAGGUUGUAAAUAGUUUGAUGAAGUAUGUUGGGAAAAAGAGCUUCUAGUUUUCAUCACAAUGAAAAGUAAAAACUUGUUCAGAUAUGCCUUGUAUAUCUUACACACAAUGAGCAAUAUUGCCAUGGGAACUCUGUCCAACUUUGUCAGAGCACGUUCUUCAUGUUCUGUUCAAAAUUGUGGCCACUUGUCACUGUUUAGCCAGGAUGGUUUAAAAUAUAAUGAAGUCAUUUUAAGUUGCAGACAACUGAUUCCAAACUAGUAAUAUCUUUUUCUGAAAAGGGCAAAACAGCUGCACAGCAUUUUGCUUGUAUGAAAGAGGAGCAUCUUACAAUUGUUCUCUUUUCUCAGUAUCUCCCUCCUCAGCAGAGUGGUUCUUGAUGAAACAACUAUACAGGUGUUUAUUCUUGUGUAAUUCCAGAGAUAUAGGUGUAACUACAUGUUGACAAGAUUAAGUGUUGUGGAUAUGGCCACAUGCUAAAUGAAUUUAUACUGGCAAUAGGAAUAAGCUAAUGCCCAUUUUCAGAAAUAAAUUAAAUGCUGAAAGUGCCUGUCAGUAAACAUUAUGACCAAUGAGAUCUUCCUAUACUUUUACACAGCAAUAACUCUUAAUUAGACAUUAGGGCUUUUUUCUGCACAUGAGAAAACACACACACACAAACACAAACACACACACACACGGAGUAAAUGCAUGGACAUAGUAAAUCAAAUCUGUUCACAUGCCCGCCAAACAAGCUUUUAUAUAUUUCAAAUGUACCUAAUCAUGUUUACAUUAACAUUUCUUAAUUUGAUCUUUCUAAUUUCCAGAUAAAGAGUUGACUGUCAUUUGCCCCAAUCUUAUGAAACAGUAUGUAUGAUUUUAAAAGUUUUGCUCAGUUAAAAACACCAAUUUAUUUAGAGCAAAAGACUGAAGGAUAUUUGUUUGCUUGUUUCAUUUUAUCCACUCAUAUCAAACGCACAAAUUCAUCUUUACAUUUCUUCAUUCCCUUUUCACCUAAUAUUACCUAAGGCUCAUUUGGGAAUGAAUAUUGACAGAAUCAUUUUUCUCCAAAAAGUCUAUUGAAGUACUGCUGACACUUAGUAAGCCUAGCCUUUAACCUAUUUUGCAUUUAGUCCUAAAAAUUACCAGAUUUACAUUUAGAAGCUCACAGGUUUUUUUCCUGUAAUUUUUGUACUGUUAAAAGUGGAGUCAUGAAUAGAAAUAUGCAAUGAGACUCUGUGAAUAGACAUGAACCCUGGGAAUUCUCCAACCCUGCCAUCUCAGAGCACAGAUUCACCCAAACAAGCUACUGAGGCUAUCAGCAAAAAUUAUACUCAUGGAGAGGCACACAUUGGGUAAGGGCAAUUUUAAAAGUAGGACUGUGAUUAAACAUUCAGACUUUAGACUUCCGUGAUGGACUCAGACCACAGGCCUCGAAAACCAGCCACUGUUUUCUCCUCCCAAUGUUAGAAAGAAGGGAAGGGAGAAGAUCAGUGUACCAGGAUGAGGGGGUAAAUUAAGUGUCAAAGGGAAGCUGCUGGGUUCCUUAAUCUCACUGAAGUCAAGUCUUCUGACUGGGCUUCUUUCCAUGUGUAUCUGAAAGUACUAAAGUACCUUGAAAGGUUACACAUUCAGCAAACCAUGAAAAUAAUAGCUAUUCUUUAUUAAACACUGUGUGCCAAGCACUAGGCCAUGCAAUUUUUAGAUAUGUUACUUCCAAUCUGUACAACAUUUCUACAUUUUAUGGAUGGGAAACAGAGGCAUAAGAAGUGUGGCUGAGUUGUUCAUGAAUGUAGAAAUAGUAAAUGGCAGAGUGGGAAUGUGAAACUGCCUAUCUCUGACCUAAAUAGGCCUGCCUGUAAUUUUUCCACUCCACCACACUGCACGUGGGUUUCCCAAAACCACCUUCCCAGAUUCCUGAGUCUCAGUAAUUUUAUUAUGGACAACAUGCAUGAGUAGUCAUCAUAUAUUUCAAGUGAAAUAUCGGGACAUGAUAUAACACAAGACUUAACAGCAGUACUGAAUAUUUGAAAUCAGUCCUCUCCUGGAAAAUCAUGCAUGAAGGAUUGUUAUAAACAAACAAUAGCAACCAGUUGUCUCCCCGAACUUCUCACUUUUCUCCUAAAUGUCUGGCCUGAAGCUCCAAAAUCAUCCAAUUACUUAGUGGCAUUUUAGCCUGAGUACACUUCCUCAGUUCCUCCACUCUUUGUAUGCCUUUCCACCAAUAUAGACAUUCUAGAACCUGCCUCAGAUGCAUUUGAAAUGUUCACCCCCAUGGAACUAGUUAUUAAUGUCAGAGCCCACUCUUGCCGUUGUUAAUGGGGUGGCGAUCAAACAUUCAGAUGAUGAUCAAGGAGACAUCAUGGAUAAUUCUUUUUCUGAUUCCUCGCUUAACAGCAGCUCCGCGUCAGAAUGUUUUAAAUAGUCUUAUAAAUAAUUUGUUUAUAGUAUUGUUGUUAGUUUAAUUGAAUUUUAUGUAAGAAGCUGUCCAACAUCAGAGAAAUGAAAUUCCUCCCGCUUUUCUGUGUAGGACAAGGUCUCUGACAGUAUUGAUUCAUGGAAGUACUAAUGGACUUAGAAAACAUUAAGAGAAUGUCAUUUCUCGUAGCAUUUCUGUUUCUGAAAAUGAAUCUCCUGAAUUAUGAUCUUUCUCCCUGUUACUUGGCUGGGGAAAGAGAUAAAAGCUGUAUAAACAAAUUCUCUUCCAAGCUGAAAGCAAGUGUUCCGUGUGCACAACCUGCUGCAGACUGGGGCUCUUCUCAGUUAAUUGGGUUUCACAAGCAAUAAUUUCUCCACAACAAAAACCACAACUUGAAGUGAGUUGAAAAGAGGUGAAUAGUGGAAACAGUCACCUCAGUACUUUUCUUUCUGGAUUUCAUCUCUAGAAAUUUGAAGUGUUUGAGACAAGCGUCCACCCUUUGUGCAAGGCAAGACCCAGUGAAUGACUCCCUGUGUGAAUUAUUGCAUCUUGUUCCAAAGCAGGUUCACCAAGACUUUCACAGAGAUUCAUUUUUGUUGAGAAAUAAGGGUCAGUAGGAGGAUAGAAUUUGGAUCCAAAUCUAGUGAUAAAAGUGUCCAAGCAAUCAAAAAGUAAGGUAUUUUGGGGACAUACCAACAUCUUCCCUUUCUGCUAAUUUCAUGCUCCAAAGAUAUGGCAAAAAGAAAAUCAUAGAAAAUGCUUUUGCCCUACUUGUGUUCUAGUUUUCCCAUGGCAGAAUUUUGUAAUUACAUCCAGACUGUAGUGUAUAUUUUGUUCCUCAAACUUUAUCACAUUGGAUGGAUAUUGUUGAACUGGGGCACUGGUGCCUAUAUUCAAGGCUCUUUCCUAUCAACGUGUCUGUCCACAAUUUGUUGUGUUUCAAACUUCAUUUUGAAAACUCACCGUCCCCCCAAGGGAUAGUGACUGUAUUGUUUUGUUCAUGUCUGUGUGGGACACAUUGCAUCACAUGGCAAACCAACUCUCUGUGGAUGUGAGAUAAGUACUUAUAAAACCAGCUUGAAAACAUCGUCUUAUGUAUUAUGUCAUCCUGCAUAAUAAUGCAAUUAUGUGUAUCAUAACAUGCUCAUUUAAAAAAAGAGAAACCAGCAAAUUCAUGUUUGUCCAUAGAAGAAUGUACUCAGAACUUUGUGUUGUGAAACGAUGAGAACAGACCACCUUGAAGAUACCCACCUGCCACUUAAAAUGAGUUAGUUAUAAUUAGUAGUAGUCUAGACGUUCUUGGUGUGUGGGGGUCAAUUCUAACGUCAUGUUCUUUUGAAUAAAUCUCUCAGUCAUAUUUGAAAAAAAUACAUGAAAAUAAAGAAAAAUAUCAUCUUUGGCCAAAUCAAGCAGGCAUCUUUUUUCUUCUCCUUGACGUUUAACUCAUGAUACAUGGUGAUUAGAUCACAAGAGCUUUCCGUGUAAAAAAUACGAAAACAUCUUUACUUUACAAAACAGUUAUUCUAGGCUUGAAGCCUCUGAACAGCAAAUUGAAUAGAUGGGCUGUAUCUGAUUUGCUUUAUGGAUGUAAUUUUACAAAAGACUCUUGGGUCUCUGACCCCAGAGAGUUAAGAGUGCCCAGAGGAGGUCCUACACAUUAAAGGAUAAAGCCCCCCUGUGAUACUGGCAAGCAAAUGUGUUGAGUUCUUAAAUCUUCAUUUGGUUUUCUGUUCAGGAUUUUAAUUGCAAAUGAAUUUAUUUCUCCAGUUUAUCUAAAGAUCUAAUUUCCCAAUAGUUUCCUCUGCAUUUAUAUACUCUGUAGUGUUUAGGCAACCCCUGUUAUAAGUUUAUUAAUAUUAUGUAAGUGUUGUUCUUGUAUUUAUGUAUAGUGUAUGUAUUGUAAAUAUACUCAGAGCUUUUUUUCCUUUUACUGUAAAAUGGUGAUUUUUUUUGCCCUAUGAUUAUGUAAAGGGAGACCCUCCUAAUGAGAUUCUCUCAGAGGAUGAUUAUUCCAGUCUAUUCUCAGAGAUUUAAAUGAACAAGUGUUAUUGUUUUUAAUGGUGUCUCAGACAUAUUCUGUUGGUGCAUUGCUUUUCUGUAUUCAACUUUCCUAUGAAUUGAGCUGUGAACUGAAAUAGAGUUUAAACCUUUAACUGUAUGCAUUUGUAUAAUUAUCUGAAUGAAGGCAUGAAGGUUAAAUAAAGCAUUUUGUAUGGAACAAAACUCCCUAACUGACUCAGACACUUUGGAAAUCAUAGUUAUUAACCAUUCUCAUUAAACCUUUGUUAUGAAAA